AUGAGAGAUGUUGUUAGCGGUGGCAGUAGUAGUGAUAGUAGUGGUUUCUGGAGUCUGAUGCUUCGAGACGGGACGCGAGGAGUCCGAGGUAAUUUUGAUGUUAUCGGGAUUACACUCCAAAAGCCUAAACGCCUUAAGCACCAAAUUCAAGUAUUUCCAUAUCAAUCUCCCAUCACAGCUCAACCAUUACCAAAGCAUCAACUAUAG